UUUUAAGCGGGACUAGCUUCUUCUUCCCUGUAAACCCUACCAAAACCCAUGCUCUGCUCUUCCACUAUAAGAAGCCUUUUAAAUCACAAACCCUAGAAUUUUCCUUCUUCUCCUUAACCAGAGGCCAUGAUAAUGUGCUGUUAUUUCAUUGUGUUCAAAACCCUAGAAAUUGCAAUGCACUUGAACUGGGGAAAAAAGCAAAAAGAUCAGUCUUUUCUAGUUGGAUCUUUUUGAAAAUGAAUCCGAGUAGUCCUGGACGCUUAACUAGCCGUUUCUCCUCUCCUAAUUUUUUUAAAGCUUCGUCCUUUGUAGGGCCUGAAAGUGAGUAAUGGACGUAUUCUUGUGCUGGUCCUGAAAGUGAGUAAAACCAUGGUUUUUCGCCGCCUGGUUUUGGUGAGAUACAAUUUUGUGGUUAGUAAUUAUUUUCUGAACCUUAAUCCUUAUUCUUUUGCAUUCGUGGGUUUUGUUCCUAAACCCAGAAUAGUUACAGCAUAUACUGGAACUCAGAGAUUGAUAGAGUUUAGCUCUUAUUCUUUGAAAACCAAUUCUAACCCGUUGAAUUUAUCAACUGAUAUAGACAAAGAGUUAUUGAUCAAAAUAAUUGAAGAAGAGCAUUGGGAUGACCCAAGAAUCAAGGUUCUAUUAGGUUCAGUUUUAGCACCAAUUCAUUUAAGUCAUUUUUUAGUAAAAUUAAGAGAUGAGGCACCAUUAGCACUCAAACUUUUCAACUGGUUCAGCAAUCAAACUGGGUUUCAGCAUACUAUUGAAUCUCGCUGUAUAAUUGUUCACAUAUUAUUUAAGGCUAGAAUGUACCGCAAUGCCCAUGAGAAUAUCAGGACUAUGCUCACUCUGAACCCUAUCCAACUAUCAGAUAUUGAUGUCUUUGAUAUAUUAAGAUCAACCCAAAGAAUGAUUGGUACAAACCCAAUGGUUUUUGAUGCUUUUUUUGGAGUUCUAAUAGAAGAAGGCUUACUGGAAGAGGCAACUGACUGCUAUUAUAGGAUGCGGAAGUUCAGGAUUUAUCCCAAGGCUCGAUCGUGCAGUAAUCUUCUCUAUAAGCUUUCAAAAUCAUCUAGAGGUGAUAUGUCGAGAAAGAUAUUUGUGGAUAUGAUUGCUGCUCGAAUAACUCCCACCGUUUUUACUUAUAACAUAGUUAUUGAUGUUAUGUGCAAAGAGGGGGAUUUAAGGACUGCAAGAGCCAUGUUAUUGCAGAUGAAAGAAAUGGGUUGUUCCCCUGAUAUUGUCACUUACAACACCUUAAUUAAUGGCUAUGGGAAAUUGGGUCAAUUGGUAGAAGCGACCCAUGCUUUUAGUGAGUUGAAGGAGGUGGGCAUUAAGCCGGAUGCAAUAACUUACAAUGCCCUUAUAGACUGUCAUUGCAAAUAUAAUGAGUUGUGCAAAGCUUUUGGUUUUUUUGGUGAGAUGAGGAGGAAUGGGGUGAAACCCAAUGUGGUUACUUUUAGCACCUUAAUUGAUGCUUUGUGCAAGGAAGGGAUGAUGAGAGAAGCGAUUAAGUUCUUUGUGGAUAUGAGAGUAUUUGGACUUCUUCCUAAUGAAUUUACUUAUACUUGUUUGAUCGAUGGGUAUUGUAAAGCAGGUAAUCUGUUUGAAGCCCUAAAAUUGGUUGAUGAAAUGGUUCUAGUCGGGCUUAAUCUGAACGUGGUGACAUAUGCUGCCUUAGUCGAUAGGCUAUGUAAGGAGGGAAAGGUACUAGAAGCCGAAGAAGUUUUUAGGGCAAUGCUCAAGUCCAAUGUGGCUCCUAAUUGUCUAAUUUAUACUUCCCUCAUUUAUGGGCAUUUCAAGAAUAAGAAUAUGGAGUUGGCUAUGAAACUUUUCAAUGAAAUGAGAGGAAAAGGCAUGAAGCCUGAUGUGUCAUCCUAUGGAACAGUUAUAUGGGGGCUCUCUGAACAUGGGGAGCUAGAAGAAGCUAUGAUUACUUUGGGAUCAAUGGAAGAGAUCAAUCUGAAGCCUAAUGAAGUAAUUUAUACCUCUCUUAUGGAUGCAUUUUUUAAGGCUAAAAAGGCCCAAGAGGCUUUGAAACUUCUACACAAGAUGUUAGAUUUGGGCAUCGUUCCAUCCAUUGUAACUUAUGGUGCAUUGAUUGAUGGGUUGUGCAAGGAAGGUUCAAUUAGGGAAGCAACGUACCAUUUUGAGAGGAUGAAAGAUUUGGGUUUGGUGCCAAACGCCCUUGCAUACACUGCUCUCAUCGAUGGGCUUUGCAAAAGUAACUGCUUGGAAGAAGCUGAAAAGCUAUUUCAGGAAAUGAUGGAGAAAGGUGUAGCUCCUGAUAAAGUGGCUUAUACUUCUCUGGUGCAUGGCAAUGUGAAGCACGGAAAUCUUCAGGGGGCUUUUAGCCUUCGUGAUAGAAUGAUUGAAAAUGGUAUUGAGGUGGAUCUUCAUACAUACACAUCCUUGAUAUGGGGACUCUGUGAAGAGGAUCUAAUGGAAGAAGCAAAGGGUUUGCUGGGUGAGAUGAUUGGCAAGGGUGUUAGUCCAGAUAUAUUCGUUUAUAAUUGCCUGAUAAACAAAUAUUGCAAACUAGGGAAUAUGGUGGAAGUCUAUGAGUUGCAGGGUGAAAUGAGGAGGAGGGGAUUGGUUCCUAGUAAUGGUGGUUCUACUAUGCCUGAUGAAGGGAUGGGGUAAUGUCUACUUCAUGAUCUGUGUUGAGGUUUUGGUUAAUACGCACGUGAGUGGUAUGUUGGCAUUUUUGUGUUGAGCAAAUUCGGUUCAGCUUUGAGGGACAAAAUCUACCCUUGUUCAACUGGCACAUACAUUCAUGGGAUGAUAGCCUCUUCUCAGUGAAUCACAUGCUGAAUGUGGGGCAAAACUUGUUGGAAAAAGGUGCUCCAGGAGUCCCAGAAUAGGUUGGGCUCCCAUCAACCUCCUAUGAACAGUGUUGAUCCCCUCCAUCUCCAUCACCUAUCACUUCCCUAUAUUACAAGUUAGCUCAGCCUCCAAUUUGUGAAUACCAAAGACAGGACUUGGACCAAAAGGUGGAGAAAAAUGAAGUAUGUCUUUAGGACCACUGGGGUUCAUAGAAGAAAGUUACUGGACAAAUUGAAGCCAUUAAGCAUGGGCCAAUGAACUCAACAGGACCUGUACUCGAUGAACCAUGAAUUUCUUGCAAGUAAAUGAUUUGCUCUGAUGGUGGAAGAGAACAUGGGGGUGCUACCAUUUGGUUUUGUCCAAAAACUUUGGUAUCUAUCAUCACACAGCAACUGAUUGUCUUCUUUGCCAGCCAUACAGUUGACGAGAAAAGGGCUCAGCCGCUUUAGAUAAAUGCAAAAUGCUGCUUAUUUUGGUAUUUUGCAUUACUAAGGGUGGAAAGUGUGUGACUCCGCCUCUCAAACCACUGACUAUUGACCAAGACCACUAUCACAGACAUUUCACCCCAGAGUUCGUUCUAGAAAUGCUCCUGAAUGCAAAAACUGUUCCAAGUUCAAAGCCUAUCGCAGAACUACCCCAGGAGAAAAGGUUUCAAUUUGACUGUCCAAAAUCUACUUUCAAAACUCUGGACAAAAAUAUUGCUCAAGAAAUCCAUAUUCAAAGUCUGAAAAUUUGUUAUACGCAUUCUCAUACACUGCUCUUUCAUGCUAAGUUUAAAUAAAUGGUUCAACUACCCCAUGAAUUGCUGAUACGAACCAAACUUGGAAAGAUUGAUGUUUGGAUUAUCUAAAUAAAAGAUACAAAGAAAAUGAAAUCAUACAGGGUUUUGAAGCUAUAAUUUAGUCCGAACACCUGUAUUGAACCUUGGGGUUUCAAAUUGUCAUGUUGUUGAAUACCUUUUGCAGGAAAUAAUUAGUUAAAUCUCUUGACUCCUAGACAGGCUCUCCAUCUCAGCAUACUUACAAGUUCUAGUUUGGCCACAAUGCCCAAGUCCACAGUCUCAACCAUUAGGCAUCUUACUUCAGUGGAGAUGAAAUAACGAUGCGAAAGGGGAUUAUUACAAUAAUGCAAGGCAUUGCUGCAAACCAAACUGUUAUUCUUGAUGAAGCGCAAAUGGCCAGAUGAAGGAGAAAAUUCAGGGGAGAUAGUUGAGGCAGGUGUCUGAUAUGGCAUCUAGGGUGCAGCUUGACAGUGUUAUCUAUUAACUAUGAUAAUUAUGACCUGGACAACAAGGUCGAUUCUACAAUAUUUCUAUAUGACUGAGGACAAGGUCAAUUUGAAGGGGGAGGGAAUGUUGUGAUGUCACCUUAUUUCUUUCAUUUUCUACUGGUAUUUCAAUUUAGGAGAUUAAGAGGAUAUAAAGUUAUGACCGAUUACUUCGGGAGAUAGGAAAGAUAAGGUUUGGUAGUUUAGAAGGAACUAAACAAAGAUUUCCUUUGGGUUGUCAUUCGAUUAGUUUGCUUUCUAUUUCUUUGGCAGAAAUUGGAUCAUAAAAGAUACCUUAUGAACUCAUUUGAGAGGACAAUGAAGAUCUUAUU